GUCGUCGACACUCCUCACUCAGUUUACUGAUUGUUGAGGUUGUGUGUAUAUACUGGGAACUGGUUCCUAAACUUUCGGGAUAACUCUACGUUGUUCACUGUUAUUUAUUUUAAAUUAGGUGUUUUAUGUUAGUAAACUAUAGUUUCCUGGACUUGUUCAGUAUUAUCUGUGACUGGUGGUUGUGGUCGAUCAUGACACGACCAGACUCUCUGGUCUUGUCGCUGCUGCUGCCUCUGUUGUUACUUCCUCCAUCAAGGCCUCUGCCCGUUCAAGAUGAGUUGGGUAUAAACAACGGAAAACCCUGCAUUAACCCAGAAGAAUGUUGCAAGUUCCCGAUGACCUCUGAAGAGUUCCUGCAGUGCGGCCGUGAGCAUGGUUGCUACCCCGUCUCCUGUGGCAACCAUGGAAGUGGAAAAGUUGCGGUGCAUGAAGACUGCAGUGGAGCCUGGUCAUGUUGUAGGUUUGAGCCUGAAUCUGCAGAGUUCAACCGGUGUUGUGAGCGCCAUGGAUGUUACCCAUUAUGUGACCAGAGUUCUGAAGGUUGUUGCUAUGAUGACGUGAUGUACCGAUGGGGUAGCGUGGUAGAAGAGUUGCCAGGGCUGUGCCUGGAGCUGGUGUGUGCAGCACAAAUGUCCACCACACAGCCUUCCUUUACUGCUGUUAUUGUGCCACGGAAAUUACCUGCACAUCUUUGUCGAGAAGUGGGAUGUGAGAACUAUGUCAACAACGUUUGUGUUGAUGCCACUGGGCUUCUGAGAGACGAAGGUGCAAAGUGGUAUCCAGAUGAGUGUCAAGAGUGCACGUGUAGAGGGAGCGCUGUGUUGUGCACCAGGUUGCAACCAUCGUGUCCUCCACCGCCCCACAGUUAUUGUGUUGAAGUUCCCGAUACCUGCUGUCCACGCUGGAAGUGCUCAGUCCCUCAUGGUUGUGUAGAUGGUGACGGCGUGCACAGAAGAGAGAGGGAGCAAUGGCAAGAUCCUAGGGACCCAUGCACCCAGUUGGUUUGUACAAAGGGGAUCAUAAUUACAUACAGGGUGUACUGUGGUCCUCUCCCAAAAAUUCAUCAAGGUUGCGUAGCAAAGAGGAUAGAUGGCCAGUGUUGUCCUCGCUGGAAGUGCCCAGUGGAUGAUAAACCAAGCGGUGCAACGACUUCCCGAUUUAUCCAGGUGGCUCAGCAUAAAUGGAAGCCAUUGUCAUGGAUCUCUUGGAAGCCUGUCAAGGCAAUUCAGAACCUUCUAACUUCUCUCCACGGUAAGAAUGACCCUCAGCCUAGUGUUGGAGAGUGCAAGACCAAGGAAGAUGUUGGCAAAACCUUGAACACAAGUGACCCGUGUUCAUUAUCCGUGUGCACAGAAAAUGGAUUUCAGACGAAGCCUGUGGAAUGCAGUACAGUUUAUCCUCGUCAUCCUAAUUGUCUCAAAUAUUCACCACAGGGAGAAUGCUGCCCAAAAUGGAAUUGCAGUGGAUGCUUUGACGGUGAUGGGAAUUACUAUUUGUAUAAUCAUAAGUGGACAACCAAUCAGUGUGCUACACACGAGUGUACGGAAGAAGGGAUAAAGAGCAAGCGACCACAGUGUAGUCUGGGACCCAAGCCACAUGAUGACUGUCGGGAGCUGUACCUGGAAGGAGCGUGCUGCCCUGAGUGGUCCUGCAGUGGAUGCUACAAAGAUGGGAACUACUAUCAAUUUGGACAUGAAAUACGAACUGAGAAUCCCUGUAUCAACUUAAUUUGCACUAAAAGGGGACUCGAGACUAAAUAUAAAUCAUGUCCAUGGGUACCAGCACCAAGAUCUAAUUGCUUCGAAUACUUACCAGAGGGACAGUGUUGUGAAAAAUGGAACUGCAGCGGUUGUGUUGCUGGAGGCAAGUACUACCCAUUACAUUAUUCCUGGAUGAGCAGUCCCUGCGUCACACACAAGUGUACAAAGGAUGGGAUACAGACAACAACACAACAAUGCUACUGGGUACCUCCCCACACAGUGGCUGUCAAGAGGCAGUGGUCCCGGGGGCCUGCUGUCCCGAGUGGUCCUGCAGUAAGUGUUACAAGGAUGGCAAGUACUAUGAGAUAGGCAGAGAGAUGAGCACGGAUAAUCCCUGUGCUGUCUUGAAGUGCACCGAGAAGGGAAUGGAGAUAAAACGCAAAUCUUGUCUUUGGAAAUCAGCGCCGGAAAAGAACUGUUUUGCUUACAUACCAGAAGGGGA